AUGGCGGUCCAUUUCACUUUUAUACUUGUUUUAUUUUUAGUGCUAAUUUUUGCAUUAAGAUACAUCUACAACGUUUUAACUAAACCUGGGCUAAAGGUUUCAACUAUACUAAACAAAGACAAGCCUAUUUUAACACUUUCAGCGUCGAUACUUGUCGAAAAACUGCAAAAUGGCGAAUUGAGGAGUGAGCAAAUAGUACAGACUUACAUUGCCCGAAUUAAAGCAGUGAAUGGCUUUAUAAAUGUUGUUGUACAACAAAGAUUUGAAGCCGCUUUGGACGAGGCUCGUGAAGUUGACAAGCGGCUUGAAAAUUUAUCUGAAAGUGAAAGAAAAGCUGUCUUCAAUGCGAAGGUAUUUUUACUAUAAAUUUAAUUCUUUCUUAAUUGUGUCGAGCAUUCGUCACACUUAUAUUGAUUACAUAACACUUUGAUAAAAUAUUGGAUUUUGUUGUUCGUUAUUGUUGUACAUGUAUAUUUAACUACAAUACAUAUGUACCAGGUUUUUAUAGUCUUUCAAAAUUAUUGGGGAAGACGCCCCUUGGCCAGAAAUGAGAUACUGUAUUUUUUUUUUGGGGGGGGGGGUGUACUAGACUUUGAAUCCUGGUAUCCCAGUUGAGUACUGAGAAAAAAUAUAAAUUUCAGACCCUGGAUCUUGUGGAGUGAAACAGCAUAUCUCCAUUGCAAUAAUUCCUCUGAAAAUAGUGUUCCUAAAAGGUACGGAUAGGUGUUUAUAUAGAAAGCUAUCCGAUUCGAUGUAAACAUAGCCUAACAUUCAAGUCAUGUGGAUGAUUAUUUAAUUGUUAUUAAGGUUUUAUAUGGAGCGCCGUUUACAUGUAAAGAGGCGUUUGGUUUUAAAGGGUUUGCCCAAACUGGUGGCCUGGUCCGUAGAAGAAAUACUAUUGCAAGCAAAAAUGCUGUAGUUGUACAAAAGAUUUUGGAUGCAGGCGCGAUCCUGCUUGCAGCGACAAACGUUAGCGAGUUAUGCAUGUGGUGGGAGUCAACUAAUUGUGUGUACGGCAGAUCGCUGAAUCCGUAUAAUACCGAGCAUAUUGUGGGUGGAAGCUCUGGAGGGGAGGCUGCGAUAAUUGCCGCAGCUGGUUCAGUGAUUGGGAUUGGCUCUGGUAAGCAGUAAUGUGCACAGUGCGCUAUUCUUAUAAAAUUGGCGCCAGUGUUGGUAGCAAUGAUUACAAACACCAGCAGUAUAUAGGAGAUACAGCUACUUGAACAGUACAAACAGAGCUUCAAUGCUUCAAGGCCCUUUGUCGGUUCUGUUUGUAUUUUUCAUGUUGUUGUAUCUCCAAAAUGAUGCUGCUAGUAGAGGUGUGCAUCGGAUCGGAUUGGAUGUUUAUAAUCCGACAAUAGACCUUUCCCCUUUUAAGUGAAACUUUGAUCUAGACUAGCCUGGACAAAAAUUUCAUCACAGCUUGAAAGAGCAUCACAAAAUUAGUAAUAUUCCGAAGUUUCGUUGCGAAAUGUUGUAAAAUGCGGAUAACAUAGCCUUGCGAAGUUUGCCGUUUUUCAGUCAUUUUGUAUUACAAAUGGGAAAUUGAUAAUCAGUUUGAUCAUCUGAUUAUCAAUUUCCCGUUUGUAAUGCAAAAUGACUGAAAAACGGCAAACUUCGCAAGGCCAUAUUAUCCGCAUUUUACAACAUUUUGCAACGAAACUUCGGAAUAUUACUAAUUUUGUGAUGCUCUUUCAAGCUGUGAUGAAAUUUUUGUCCAGACUUGUCUAGAUCAAAAUUUCACUUAAAAGGGGAAAGGUCUAUUGGCUAAUGUUUAAAAUCUGAUCCGAUCUGAAAUUGUCUAAUCCAAAUCCGAUCCGAAUUUUGAUAAAGAAUUCCAAUCCGAUAAAAUAAAUUCUUUGAUAAAAUAAAUUUCUCAUUCAACUGAUUCAAGUUGACAUAUUUAACCAAAUAAAUAUAAAAGCAAGAAAUACAUGUCAAGAAGCUGACAAGUGACGUCCAAUUGAAAUAUCAAACGAAUAAUGCAGCGACAACUGCGAUAAUGCUUUGAUAAAUGCAUGGAUAAUUAAUUCUUGCGAUAAUGCGUGGAUAAUUAAUUCAUUUUAUUUCGGAUAUCGAAGUCCGAUCCGACUAUGAAACAACUUUAUCAAUCCGAUCCGAAAUGAAUAUUUUGGUUCCGAAAUCCGAACGAAUCGGAUCGGAUUUGCACACCUCUAGCUGCUAGUGUCUACAGGAAGCUGGGGUUUCUGACCAUCAAAAUCAUAAAUUUAAAUGCCUAGAAUUAGGGCCUAUCAACAAAUAGAUUUUGUAAAAGAAAAUAGUUUGUCGUCACGUGAUGUAUGUUGUCAAAUGUGUAAAGGCGUUGCCAUCAGACUGAUCAGAGUGUUUGCUUCGUCUAAAUUUGUCAGUGCUCAGCAGUUUGAAAACUACCUGGAAAAUAACCAUUUUAAUUUAUAUACCUUACUUGUUUUAGUGCUGUGCGCCGGAGCUGCCGGAACCGCCGGAGCUCCGGCGGUUUUUCCGACGCCGGAGCAGAAUUUUGUAUGCCGGAGACGGAGUUACGUUUUCUCAGCUCCGGCAAAAUGACAAGAAAAUAAUAAGAAAUGCGACAAAUGUCAAACGAUUAUUAGUUACUGCAAACUGCCAAUUGCUGUUAAUGAAUUCAUCAUAGACGCAAACUGCCACAGCCCACAUGAACAGCGUCGAAAAGCUGUAAUACGAUCGCAACUUACAAACGUCAUGCUUUCAUGAAGCCAUCUGACUUAGCGCUACAUAGUCUGUGUAUUCAUGCCUUGUAGAUAACGAAAAAGUACGAAACAAAUAAAUAUCAACCUUUUGAAAAUGACAGAGUACUUUGUUUGCAUGCGAACAAUUGCGCUGUGGAGUCUGAGAGUGUUAGCAUCAUGCUAUAUAAAAAUUGCAACACUGUCAGAAAAUUUUUGAGGCUGGUUUCCAUAUAGAUAUUUUCUGUGUGGUUAAGUGUUUUCACUGUUUUGUUUCCUGAGUUAUGUUAUCUGAUAAUUAGGAAGCACGAAAAGGGUUAUUCAUAAUAAUAUUAAUAAAUGUUCUCUGAUCGUAAAAUAUUAAAAUAUAUAUUUAAUAUUUUAUGAUGUGGCCGGAGCCGGAGCUCAGAGCUAUAAUUCGGCUGGAACCGGAGCUGAAAAACCGGAGUUUGCACAGCACUACUUACUUGUAUUAAAAUUCACGUCGUACACAUUUUCGUACUCAUUUUCGUGCGAUUUAAUUUCGCGCACCUUGUUGAGACUUAUUCGCGCAGCUUUAAAUUCGCGCAAGUAAUUUUCCGUGUUCGUUCUUUUUGGUUUGUUUAGUAGAAUUAUCAACAAUUAACGCAUUUAUAAUGAGUAUUUUUUAUCAACAAAUACUUCAAUAUUUGUUAAAACUUUAAAUAAUCAAAAAGCGAUUAGGUGACCUCAAAAAAUGGCUUCAAAAUUAUGUAAUAUUUGCAAAAUUCAUGAUAACAAUUAAUAAAGCGUGAGUUCAAAAUACCAACAAGAACUGAAAAAUUUAUUUUAUGGUUCUCAUUUGCCUAAUACAAUAACACAAUGUAAAUAGUAAUGCAAAUCCGUUAAUAACUCAACUGAUUUGUAUUACUAACAAUAAGUGUCUCCGGUGUCUCAUAUUACACCACAAAGCUUUUCGCGCGGAUUAUAUUUCGCGCAAGACUAAAAUUCGCGCACCCAGCGCUGCGCGAGUUCUAGUACUGCGCGAAUUUUAAUACAAGUAAGGUAUGAGGAAAUGAACUCAAUUAACCAUUGGAAAGAGCAGCACAAAAUUACGAAGUUUGACCACACUUGCACAAGUGCAAAAUUGUGGCUAGUUUUCGAAUCAGUUAAUAAAUAAUAGGCCCCCAAAUCAAAUCCACAAAAUAUAAUCCAUCUAUUUUUUGCCUCAGAUAUAGGAGGAAGUAUAAGAAUGCCCGCAUUCUUCAAUGGAGUGUUUGGACACAAACCUAGUCCUAGGAUGGUAUCAAAUUUAGGACAGUUUCCUGUAAAUUGUACAGAGGCUGCUGAACUGAUGUUGUCCACUGGACCAAUAUGUAGAUAUGCUGUGGAUCUAACACUCAUGUUAAAGGUAUACCCUAUUAAUCCAGUACAAUAUGAUUUGUUAGGUUUAACCCAUUGGAUGCCAGCACUCUUUCCGCGACGAGUAAAAUCGUCUGUUGUUAGAGUAAAGUAACGAAACAGUGUUAGGGAGCAAUCAAUGCCAAUUGAGGCGAAAGAACGGCAAGGCAAAAGAACAGGGGCGGAUCUAGCCUCAUCUGCAUGGAAGGGUGCAGGUUUUCCAUGGGGUGGUGCAUGAGGGAGCCUUACUGCCCACUCUCCUCUGCAACGCUGCUAUCCAAACAUUACCAUUAUUUGAGAUGGGCGAAUCUGCAUGUUUGCCGUUCAGUUACGUUUUAUAUUAUCUUUUGUUUAUAAAGUUUGUGUUGGCUUUUUAUCACGUAUGCGCGACUUGACAGUUGCUGUAGCACAGUAUAGUAAAUUUGGUUGUUAAGGUACAGCAUUUAACCAUGAUAUUUAACUAAAGUAUUCCGAGUGUUUUCUCGUGAGCUCACAAAUCAAUUAAAUCUGAACUUCCCCACGUGAUUGACUGUUUCUAAAAACAUGUCAAACCUGUUUGGGAAAUAAAUGUACCGAUGUACAAUAGCUAUUAAAAUAGACAACUUGCGUGUUGACUAAUUUUUUAUCUAGGCAAAAAAGUAAAUUCCCUUAAAGAACUUAUUAAAAUUAAUAAAAUUGCAAAAUUUGGUUACGAAAUGUUGUAAAAUAUAGCCUUGCGAAGUGUGUAUAUCUUGUGUGCCUAAUUUUUGAGCCGAAAAUGGUAACAAUUUCCGCACGUAAUACAAACAUAUACAAAAUUUGCAAACUUCGCAAGACUAUAUUUUCCAAGCUUUACAACAUUUCGUAACCACAUUUUGCAAUUUUACUAAUUUCAUUAUGUUCUCUUUAGCUGUGGUGUUUGAUUCCCUUCUGUUUACUUAGAUUAAAAUUUAGUCUAACAUACAAGUUGUCCAUUAUAGCGUGCCAAAUGCAGUAAUGAACAUUUUCAUUUCAUAGGUUAUGUCUUCCGACGCCGACUUCAAAAAACGUCUAGAAAGCAAUGUCGACAUCGACAAACUAAAGUUUUACAGUAUCGAUAACUGUGGUUUAUUGGCCUCCAAAGUUUCUCCAGAAUUACUCAAAGCCCAGGAAAAAGUUUGUCAGUUUUUUGGAAAAAAAAUUGGAGCAUCAGUUACAAAGCUUGAACUUCCACUUAUAAAACAUGCAAUUUUCAUCUGGCUCACGAAAAUGUCUGUGAUGGGUGGGCCUAGUUUUGGGGAAAUGCUUUUUGGUGUUUCAAACAGGGCAACGGGGCUAUUGUCGUGUUGGGAAGUUUUGAAAUGGUGCGUGGGGCAAUCGGACUACACCUUUCCAGCUAUUCGCCUUGCAGCUUUCGAAUCGCUUAAAAACGUUCUACCCAAAAGCUUGGAGCAAAAUUCACUAAGGAAUGGCGAAAAUUUACGAGUGGAAAUUGAGGAAAUCCUUGGCGAAGAUGGGGUUUUACUAUUUCCAUCGCACCCGUCUACGGCGUUGCGUCAUAACGUGCCUAUAUUCAAGCCGAAUAAUUUUAUAUAUACAGGUAUCUUCAAUGCCCUUCAUUUACCCGUGACACAAGUCCCCUUAGGCCUUGACUCGAAUGGUCUGCCAUUGGGAAUUCAGGUUGUAGCGGCAAGGAAUAACGAUCACUUAACUCUUGCUGUUGCUGAAGCACUUGAAAGAGAAUUUGGUGGCUGGGUUCCACCAUCGCUGGACGCAAUAACAUAA